AUGUCCGUCGCGACCAUGCUUCAACCAGCCUCGAGAAUGUCUCGAGCCUCCUCCUCUUCAUCUUCGUCAUUUCAGCCCGUCGCGCGCCAGAACACCAUGUCCUCGCACGACACGCGAUCCAUUCGCCAAUCCAAGCGGAUGUCCGUGACCGCACUCUACCUUUCCAUGUCCGCAAAGGAUCGCGAUUUGGAAAUAUCAGAUGACUUAGCUCGAGCCCAGAAAUAUCUUCGCGAACUCAAAUCCAAGAUCUCCUCGCAGUCCAAGAAAAACUUCGUCUUGGAGAAGGAUGUGCGGUAUCUGGACUCGCGCAUUGCCCUGCUGAUUCAGAAUCGGAUGGCGUUGGAAGAGCAAAACGAAGUUGCGAGCCACUUGGACGACACCGCCGACCCAGCAGAGGGUUUCUUUCCGAACGACGAGCGAACGCAAAAGUACGGUAAUCUGCUUUUUCUUCUCCAAUCCGAACCACGUCACAUCGCGCACCUCUGCCGAUUAGUCUCCAUGGCAGAAAUCGAUUCCCUCCUGCAAACGGUCAUGUUCACCAUUUAUGGAAAUCAAUAUGAGAGCCGCGAAGAGCAUCUGCUGCUCACCAUGUUCCAGUCUGUUCUCACCUACCAAUUCGAUAAUACCCCCGAGCACUCCUCGCUUCUGCGCCAGAACACUCCCGUCUCCCGGAUGAUGACCACAUACACGCGUCGUGGUCCGGGCCAAAGCUAUCUCAAACAGAUUCUGGCGGAGCGCAUCAACUCGUUGAUCGAACUGCAAGAUGUGGACCUGGAGAUCAACCCCCUAAAGGUCUACGAGAGCAUGGUGAAGCAAAUCGAAGAGGAGACGGGCUCGCUUCCAGACUAUCUGGCUCGCUCGGUCACUGCAGAGGUUGCCGCCGAGAAUGAACAGGUACAGGCCAUUAUUGCGCCUCGCCUGAAAAUGUUGACGGACAUUGCCAAUGGAUUCUUGACCACCAUCAUCGAAUCGGUAGACGAGGCUCCAUACGGCAUCCGCUGGAUUUGCAAACAGAUUCGCAGCUUGUCACGUCGCAAGUAUCCGGAUGCGCAGGAUCGAACCAUCUGUACUCUGAUCGGCGGUUUCUUCUUCCUUCGCUUCAUCAACCCCGCAAUCGUCACUCCUCGCUCGUAUAUGCUGAUCGAUGCCGUCCCCACCGAUAAGCCGCGCCGGACUCUGACCCUAAUUGCCAAAAUGCUCCAAAACUUGGCCAACAAACCCUCCUACGCCAAGGAACCGUAUAUGGUCAGUCUGCAACCUUUCAUCGAGGAGAACAAAGAGCGGGUGAACAAAUUCCUCUUGGACCUCUGCGAAGUGCAGGAUUUCUACGAGAGUCUGGAGAUGGACAACUACGUGGCCCUCUCGAAGCGCGAUCUCGAGCUGCAAAUUACCUUGAACGAAAUGUACGCCACGCACGCGCUGCUGGAAAAGCACAGUCUCGCAUUGGCUCAGGACCAGAACUCCCAUCUCUCUUUGCUGCUGCAGGAGCUAGGUGCGGCGCCUCCGCAAGUGCCCCGUAAGGAGAACCGUACCAUCACAGUGCCUCUCUUCAGCCGAUGGGAGACGGCUCUCGAUGACCUGACGGCCGCGCUGGACAUUACUCAAGAGGAAGUGUUCUUUAUGGAAGCCAAGUCCACAUUUGUCCAGAUCCUGCGCUCCCUGCCUCCCAACUCUUCCGUGGCUCGCCGUCCCUUGCGCCUGGAUCGGAUCGCCGAAGCUGCUGCUACGCUUAAAAAUGACGCGGUGAUGGUCCGGAAGGGAAUCCGGACCAUGGAGCUACUGAGUCAAUUGCAAGACAUGGGCGUCAUUGAUCGCUCCGACGAGUUUAGUCUGCUCCGGGAUGAGGUUGAGCAGGAGCUGGUGCAUCUCGGCUCUCUCAAGCAUCACGUCCUCGAAGAGACGCGCAAGCUGGAAGAUGUGUUUGCAACCAUUCGUGAUCACAACGAGUAUCUUGUUGGGCAGCUGGACACGUACAAGUCUUAUCUUCAUAAUGUCCGCAGUCAAUCCGAGGGCAAGAACCGAAAACAGCAAAAGCAACAGGAGCUGGGGCCAUACAAGUUCACCCACCAGCAAUUGGAAAAGGAGGGGGUCAUUAGACGGAGUAACGUGCCGGAGAAUCGACGGGCAAACAUCUACUUCAUGUUCAAGAGCCCGCUUCCCGGAACCUUUGUGAUCAGCCUCCAUUAUAAGGGUCGCGCUCGUGGUUUGCUCGAGCUGGAUCUCAAGCUUGACGAUCUCCUGGAGAUGCAAAAGGACAACCUCGAGGACCUUGACCUGGAGUAUGUCCAGUUCAACGUGACCAAAGUACUGGCCUUACUGAACAAACGAUUUGCACGCAAGAAGGGAUGGUGA